UAUUUUUUUUAAACAAAAUGUUAAAAUCUUGUCUUAUAUUAUGUUCAAUACUCUAUUGUUUUGGACAAAUCAAUGCCGUAUUAGAUCCUAAAGUUGUCUGUUAUUAUGAUAAUUGGCUCACUUGGCGUACGGAUGAAUCAAAAAUAACUGUCACUGAUGUCGACAGUACACUAUGCACGCACAUAGUCUAUGGCUACCUGGGCGUUACAUCCGGUAGUAAAAUAUUUAUCGAUGACCCGGACCUACUUAUCAAGCGAAAGGACCUUGAACAUUUUACCGGCAAUAAGGGCUCGGCUAAGGCACUGUUAUCUCUGGGCGGUUGGGGCUACUCCCAGGAUCCGGACAAAAAAGAUAACUGGGUUAGCAAUCUACUCAAUCACCCGGUUGCAUUUGUUGACGAUGUUAUGGACUUUAUGAAAACAUACGGUUUCGAUGGUAUUACUAUCGACUGGUCACGGGAUGUCUGGACCGACUCGGAUAUGUCAGACUAUGUUAAGGUAUUGAAAGCCCUGAGAUCGGAGUUCGGUACCCGAUAUACACUGGCCGUUACAUUGGGUGCCACUACUGUACGCUAUGAUGUUAAAAGUGUUAGCGAGUUAGUCGACUUUAUAACUGUCCAAACCAUUGACUAUCAUGGCAACUGGGAUGACUCGGUUGAUUUUGCUGCGCCCAUUGAUUCCCAAUUGACAACAAUGAAUCGUUGGUAUACUGCCGGUGCCUCCCAGAGCAAAUUGAUUAUGACUAUACCAUUCUAUGCCCAUACCUGGACCCUGAAAGACAGUACCCAUUCGGAACCUGGUGCUCCAGCUAAGGGACCGGGAGUUGCCGGCCCGUGGACUAAAGCUGCCGGCAAAUUGGGUUACAAUGAGAUCUGCACCGGUAUUAUAGCCCAUCCGAGUUCGUGGAAGAUAACUCGGGACACCAAAAGCCAAUCGAUAUACGCCGUCUACGGUGACCAAUGGAUCAGUUUCGAAGAUCCCUUAUCCUUGGAGGAGAAAACCCGAUCGUCCACCAGCCAGGGUUACGGUGGCGUAACCGUACAGGCCCUGGAAAACGAUGACUUCCGUAACCUAUGUAACCAAGGAAAGUGGUCACUGCUGAAAGGUGUCCAAAAAGGAUUGGAUCGGACGCCGGUAACCCGACCACCCGUCACCGAUCCGCCCAUACCUACUAGCGAUCCGACAGCUAUCUGCAAAUCGGAAGGCCUGUUCAAAGAUCCUACCGACUGUCAUGUCUAUCAUAAUUGUAUACAAUAUUUUCCCGGUGUCUAUACGGAUGAGAUAAAACAUUGCGAUAAUGGCCAGGGAUUUGAUGAUAAACUAAAGAAAUGUGUGGAAGAAUCACUGGUUCCCGGAUGUCAUUGAAGAAGAUCAAUAUCAAUGGUGUUGUUGAAGACAAUCAUUGAUUGAUGGGUUAAACCAAACCAAACAAAAAUCAUAAUCAAAUCAAACCCAACAAAAAAAAAUAUAUAAUUUUUAGUUAAUAACUAUAUAUAUAUAUAAAAAAUAUUAUGUAUAUUAAUUACAUUUGUAUUAUACAGUAUAUAUUAGUAUAAUAUUAAUUUUUUUUUUAAUUAAUUAAUU